UUUGCAAAUGACACAUUGGAGAUGAAAAGACUGGCCGCUUGGGACUUUGAAGACAUCCUGCAGUGUGCAAUACCUGUGUUCAAAGGGUUGCUUCCCACUCCUCAUGAUGUGGUUGUGCAGUCUCUUCUAUACAGAUUCACACAGUGGCAUGCCCUGGCCAAGCCAAGAACUCAUUCAGAGUCAACCCUUGGAUUCCUUGAUCAAAUGUUCAAGAAUCUCUUGAGGCAGUUAUGGAAGUUCUGCAACCUUACCUGCACUGUUUUUGAUACUGUGGAGCUGCCAAAAGAGAAGGCAGCUCACCAACAAAGGUUCGCCCAAUGUGCUGGACUCACUAAUGCUUCCUCUGAAUCAAGUGGACCAAGGGUCAAAAGGUUCAAUUUAAGCACCUAUAAGUUUCAUGCAAUGGGUGAUUAUGUGCAAAUGAUCAAACUAUUUGGGACUACAGAUUCAUUCACUACACAGAUAGUAAGCAUCGUUUUUUCUACCCUUCAAGGAUGCAUCUGA